AGUAAUUUGUAAGAAUAGAUUUGAUUAGACAAAAUGGGGGAACAGCACCACCAUGUAUGUGGUUUUCUCAGCUUCUAGGCUCUAGCUAUUGUAGAUCCAGUCAAAUUCGUUGCUGUAACUUGUAAUCAGAAUCACAAGUUUAUUAGCUAGCUGAAGUUGAUGCCGAAUACUUGCGUGAGAGAAAAUGAAGCUUGAUUUUGAAGUUGCAAUUGCGUAAAGAUACAAACAACCCAAUCCACGCUCGACGCAGCAUUUCAUUUCGACGACGUCAGAGAGCAGACGCUGACAAAAAAUAGACUCUUUUGUUUUUUCAUUUCUCUCAAUUCUCCCGACCGACUUCCCAGAUCCAACCAAAGGGGAAUUAGGGAUUUUAUUUGGAGGGUUGGAAUGGGAGCAGCAGACAGUCUGGAAGAAAUGGGCAUGGGCAACCAUUACUCCCUCCAUAAUGAUAAUACUUCUACUUGCAGCGGCAGCGGCAGCAGCAGCACCCUAAUUUUCACCUACGGAACUCUCAAGCACGGUUUCUCCAAUCACACCCUCUUACAAGACAUGAUGGCCUCCGGAGAUGCCGCCUUCCUGGGCCUCUGCCGGACCGCCAACCAACUCCCUCUCGUCUGCGGGCCCUACAGAGUUCCCUUCCUGCUCAAUUUUCACGGCCGCGGCCACCCUGUCUCCGGCGAGCUCUACUCCGUCUCCCCAAGGGCAUUGGCCCGCAUGGACGACUUGGAGGGCGUCACUCGCGGUCACUACGACAGGCUGCCCAUCAGGGUCGUCCUCAUCCACGAGGAGGAGGAGGAAGAGGAAGAGGAGGAUCAUGACCCCCUUCCCAUAGAGGCCGAGGCCUACUACGCACACUCAACCUAUGCGGAGGCGCUCUGGAAGAGGAACGGGGAGAAGGGAUACCACUGCUACUCCGAGAAAGAGGCCAAAGGAUACGUCAAGCGCAAAGACAGGCCCCAGCAUCUCUCUUUCUUGGACCAAAUUCAACUUUUUCUGUCUUCUCCUUCCCCUCCUCCUCCUGAUUUACAUCCAAUUGCUGCUGCUGGUGUUGCUACUACUGCCUCCAAAUAACUCUAGUAGAGUCUCCGUCCCCACCACCAGGUAGGCUUAUCUUAUAGCUAGUUUGUGAGUUGAGGAUAGAAAAGAAAAGAAGAGAAAGGAUAAGUUAUGUGAGAAAAGAAAGAAUAAAAAAAAAAUUUGUAAGCUUCCAUCAGUUUUCCUUCGCUUUCCGCCCGUUUUGGUCAGAAAAUUUUUGCACUGUAGCAGCGCUUGGCUUCUUUUCAAGAUCCGUUCGUUUCUUUUCUUUUCCGUCUCACUAAACUCUUCCAAACGUGAAAAGUUCACCUUUCCCUUCCUUUCUUUUCUAUUCCUUUGAAAUCUGAACUCCCAGACUAGCUAGGACGGUGAGGGACGGGGUAUGGUAUAGAGGGGAUGAUGUUUCUUCAUCCUGAUUUGUAAUUCCACCAACCUUUUGCGUGCAGCUCUGUUUUGUUUGUCGCCCGUUCUUUGGCUGCGCCUUUUUUUUUUUUUUCGCAUUUCCUCUUUAUAGCUAGUUUGUUUUUUUCUAUAACUUAAUCUAAUAUAAGGAGUGGGGAAGGGGGAUUCGAUAUGAGAGACUUCAUCGAAGAAAGUCAAUUAAUACCGUCACAUGUUUUGACAAAUUUUGGUGGAGGCCAAAGGCCCGGUGGCUCCCUCUUUAUAGCUAGUUUGGGAGUUGAGAUUACAAUGGAAUCGAAAUGAAAGGUACAUUUUCUUACGUUUGGACUUUCAGGUGAAACGGAAAAGAAAAGAAACAAACGGAUUGUGAAGGAUGCCAAGUGUUGCUACAGUGCAAAUUUUUUACAAAACUUUUUUAAAUUGUCCAUUUUAUCCUAACAAAACUAUUGAAUGAAUUUUUAUUGACAGAUAUGUUUAAAAUCAUUCUACUUUUUUCUAAAACUUCUAAACAAUAUUAAAAUCUCUUCUUUUCUUUUCUAACUUGAACAUCCAAACUAGCUAUUAAGUGAAUUUUAAGAAUCGUAGAAUUUUAAAGCAUUGGGUCCAUCAAGACAAUAAUGGCUUGUGGGUUAAAAGUUUAUUGUUUUCCUUUUUUUUGUUCAUGAUAUCUAAUUCUAGAUUUCCAACACAUUGCGUUGUUGGACGAUUUGUAACAACCUUAUAUGCAAUUAUGGUUUCGAAAAGCAUGGUGUGAUUUAUA